AUGGAAGAAGCCGCAAGACUGAAACACAUAAAAAUUCACGAGGAGCACAAGGGUCAUGAAACUAUGCACUUAGAGAUGUUUUUAAUUCUCGUUUUCUUCACUUUUGGUGCCCAAUUCGCCCUGAUGGCCUGGAAGCAAUAUCGUCCCAAAUCUUAUCAUCUGCUCACACUUCUUGGGAUGUGGAUUGUUCCUAUGUGCUACAGUUCUUACAUGCUCUACCUCCGAUUCAUGACGGUGUGGUUUUUUUUUUCACUGGUCACUGCCGUCAUGGUUUAUUUAAGUUCGUGUUCAUGUAUUUCGGCGUCCACUCCGAGGCGAGUAUAUUGGUGGUUCCUGCUUGUCCACAAAAUAUCUUAUGCUGGAUCAGUAGGUGGAUACUUUCUCGUGCUCUUCUCUUUGUUCAUUCCCACUCUCGUCGACCCAAGUUUUGCUAUUCCUGUUGGAGGGCUGAUUCUCUUUUAUGGCGUUUAUUAUGGACUUGUCGCGCGAGAUUUUGCUGAAGUUUGUACCGAUAAAAUGGCUGCUCAUAUUAGUUAUUUUGCACCUACUGGCAUCCCGCUGAGGCGAAUUGAUCCUGGCGUCUGCGCCCUAUGUACAAACGUCAUGCUAAAUGGCAGGGGUGAGAAAAAGUACCGACUUAACUGCUCACACGUGUGA